GGGGCAAGGCAAUUAAAUGAUGUAACUAGUAGGCCACCGGGAACAUAUGUUUGCUGAGACUAAAAAUGUAUAUUAAAACGGUGAUUUUAAGUGCUGUUCGCUGUGCCAAGCGGGCUUCUUUGCCCUUAGGGCCAUUGAGUACUUCAAACAUUCACACAAGCGUGUGCUCCAGAAAGGCAGAAGACCGCAAGGAAAUGUUGGCGUCGCUGCCCGCUAAGGACGAGGGAACUAUUGGCGAAAAAUCUGUGGAUAUUGAUACACUGAUUAACCGAAAGGCAAAGUUCUUUCCCGAUGCAACCAUAGGCACUCAACUAUUUAAUGGAAUGCCCUUCAACGAGCUGCCUGUUUGCAACAUUCGCGUAUCUCCCAACAACACAAUAAUUUCAGUGACGGACUACAAAGGCGUACCUAGGCUGAUACGUUCUUGCGGUAUAGAAGGAUUUAAAAAUACCAGGAAAGGGACGAACAUUGCCGCACAAGCCACGGCCGUAAGCAUAAGCGCAAAAGCCAUUGAAUUGGGUUGGAAAACGAUUCGAGUGAAGGUUCGUGGCCUCGGGCCUGGACGAAUGUCGGCUAUUAAGGGACUGCAAAUGGGUGGAUUAAAUAUAGUCUCUAUUACCGAUAACACACCAGUUUCAUGGAAUCCACCGCGACCUCGAAAGCAGAGGAGUCUAUAAGUUACAGCCAUUAAAAGUAUAUGUAUGCACACGAAAUAAAAUAAAACAGUAGCUUAAAAACUACUACAAAUCAA